GCUUGUAACAAAUUGGAAGGACCAAAGGAGUGAAAUUAGUCAUCUCUGUCGAAGAUAUCCACUGCAAUAUUUCAAAACAAUCUGAUAAAAUGACGACGGCGGCAGCGGCGGAGAGCAGUUCAGAAACUAAAAAUUCCAGAUGGUCUCUCGCCGGCAUGACUGCUCUCGUCACCGGCGGCACACGUGGGAUCGGCUACGCUGUGGUGGAGGAAUUGGCGGAGUUAGGGGCGGCCGUACACACCUGCUCUCGUAACGAGGCUGAGCUCAACCACCGCUUACAAGAAUGGUCUUCCAAGGGUUUCACCGUCACCGGAUCCGUCUGCGACGCAACUUCUCGUCCUCAACGCGAACAUCUUCUAGAAAAAGUCUCCUCUAUCUUCAAUGGAAAGCUCAACAUCCUAAUAAACAAUGUUGGGACUAACAUAAUGAAAGCUACUCUAGAGUAUACUGCAGAAGAGUAUUCCCUGAUCAUGGCUACCAAUUUGGAAUCCUGUUACCAUAUCUCUCAACUUUCACAUCCUCUUUUAAAAGCUUCUGGAUUUGGAAGCAUUGUGUUCAUUUCCUCCAUUGCAGGUUCUGUUCAUUUUAAUUACACAUCUAUCUACGGACCCACUAAAGCUGCUAUGAAUCAACUUGCAAAGAAUUUAGCUUGUGAAUGGGCUAAAGAUAACAUUCGGAGUAAUAGUGUAGCUCCAGGGUGCACUAGAACCCCACUUGUUGAACCUUUGCUAAGUAAUGAGGAGUUUUUGGGUGCAAUGGUAUCAGAAACACCUUUGAAACGCAUUGCUGAAGCGAUUGAUGUGUCAUCAGUGGUGGCGUUCCUUUGUUUACCUGCUGCUUCUUACAUCACUGGCCAAACAAUUGCUGUUGAUGGAGGAUUUUCUGUUAAUGGUUUCCCAUGACUUCCAAAAUGUUCAAGGAUUUGGCUUUUGAUUGGUGAUGAUCGAGAAAUGGAUGAUGUAGAAAUCGUCAUGAUGAUUGUUUGUUAAGUUGAUAAUUAAUGAAGGAAUUUUUUAUUUUAAAACUCAUAUUAUCACUGUCGGAU